AAAGACCUCUGUGCCCCCGCGGAGCCCGCAGUGGAGGCCAUCAAGCCGGAGGACGCGGACCGGCCCAAGGCGCGCAGACGCCGGAAGCCGCGGGUCCUCUUCUCCCAGGCGCAGGUGUUCGAGCUGGAGCGCCGCUUCAAGCAGCAGCGCUACCUGUCCGCCCCGGAGAGAGACCACCUGGCCGGCCUGCUCAAACUCACCCCGACCCAGGUCAAGAUCUGGUUCCAGAACAGGAGGUACAAGUGCAAGCGGCAGCGGCAGGACCAGAGCCUGGAGAUGGUGUCCCUGCCGCCGCCGCCUCCGCCGCCGCGGAGGGUGUCGGUGCCGGUGCUGGUGCGGGACGGGAAGCCGUGCCUGGCGGCGGACUCGGCCUCCUACACCCCUCCCUACAGCGUGGCCCCCAUCAACCACUUCACUUAUAACAACUACCCGGCUUUCAGCAACUACACAGGCCCCGGCUGCAGCACCAACUACCCCUGUAGUUACCCGCAGACUGUGCAGGGCCCCUCCGGGACCACCGGGAACUACAUGAACUUCGGGGACCUGAAUAACGUCCAGAGCUCGUUCUCCCCCAGUAACGGGGUGUCUUCAUUACACGGCAUCAGGACGUGGUGAACAGUGGUUCCCAAACUUUUCAGCUUUUGACCCACAAACURCCAGCAGCAGAGACCUGAGCCCCCARCUGUCUGUUGAUGAGCAUUAUUUUCACGUCAAAUAAACAAGAGCAUAUUAUUUA